AAUCUGAAAUAUUACUUUUAAUUAUUAUUAUAUGAAAUAUUUCAUAUAUAUUUGAUAUUCUUACAGACAACCAAUCAGAUUUCACUUUCUGACAAUGUCGGAGCCAAUGAUGUUUGCAGAUUUAGAACUCGAGCCCGUUGGCCCCGCCCACUGCUUUGUGAUCUGCGUUUGUACCUAUACAGUUCUUUCACGCGCUCCGGUCGGAAGUUAAUGUUGGCCGCGUGAGUUUUUCUCCACUUUCCGCGCGUGCACAUCGACGUUCCUUUCGCGGUUUUUGUCCCGGAUUUAGCGGAUUUUUACCCAAAGUGUCCUGAUUCUUUACACCUCUGAUCAUGAAAUCAGAGUCCAGACGGAGAGCUUUAGGAGAACCUCCACACACUCCUGCUGCUGCUGCUGGAUCAAAGAUGCACCACUGCUCAGAUUGUGGGAAAAGUUUUACUAAAAUUGCUGUUCUGAAAAGACACCGACAUAUCCACACAGGAGAGAAACUGUAUCACUGUGAUCAGUGUGAGAAGAGUUUUACCCAACAGGGUAAUCUCAAAUCACACCAGCAUGUCCACACAGGAGUGAAGCCAUAUAACUGUGAACAGUGUGGGAAGAGUUUUACUCAGCAGGGUAGUCUCAGAUCACACCAGCGUAUCCACACAGGAGUGAAGCCAUAUCACUGUGAUCAGUGUGGGAAGAGUUUUAAUCAUCAAAAUAGUUUUAGAAUACACCAGCGUGUCCACACAGGAGAGAAACUGUAUCACUGUGAACAGUGUGGGAAGAUUUUUUCUCAUCAGAGUAGUCUCAAAAGACACCAGCAUAUCCACACAGGAGAGAGACCGUAUCACUGUGAACAGUGUGGGAAGAGUUUUACUCAACAGGGUAAUCUCAGAUUACACCAGCGUGUCCACACAGGAGUGAAGCCAUAUCACUGUGAACAGUGUGGGAAAAGUUUUACUCAACAGGAACAUCUCAAAUUACACCAGCGUAUCCACACGGGAGAGAAGCCUUAUCCUUGUAAACAGUGUGGGAAAAGUUUUACUCAACAGGAUCAUCUCAAAGUACACCAGCGUAUCCACACAGGAGAGAAGCCGUAUUACUGUGAACAGUGUGGGAAGAGUUUUACUCAUCAGAGUUAUUUUAGAAUACACCAGAGUAUCCACACAGGAGUGAAGCCGUAUUACUGUGAACAGUGUGGGAAAAGUUUUACUCAUCAAAAUAAUUUUAGAAUACACCAGCGUAUCCACACAGGAGUGAAGCCGUAUCACUGUGAACAGUGUGGGAAAAGUUUUAAUUGUCAGAGUAGUCUCAAAUCGCACCAGCGUAUCCACACAGGAGAGAAGCCGUAUUACUGUGAACAGUGUGGGAAGAGUUUUACUCAUCAGAGUAAUUUUAGAAUACACCAGCGUAUCCACACAGGAGAGAAGCCGUAUCACUGUGAACAGUGUGGGAAAAGUUUUACUCAGCAGGGUAGUCUCAAAUCACACCAGCGUAUCCACACAGGAGAGAAGCCGUAUCCCUGUAAACAGUGUGGGAAGAGUUUUAGUGCUCAGAGUGCCCUCCUCAGCCACCAGCAGAGUCAUACAGGACAGAAGCUGUACCUCUGUGGACACUGUGGACGGAGCUAUGUUUAUCAAAGCUCAUUAAGGAACCACAAGUGCUCUAAAAUACAACCAUAAAACAAAUCAUUUUCUUACAUUUCUUAUUUGAAGGGAUGUAAAGGGAAAUUGUACUGUAAAUAUCGGGGGAACUUUAAAUUGUAAUGUUAAUUUUAUUUAGCUUAAACAAACUGGACACCUUUCCAAGCCAUCAGAACAUUGUUGGUCCAUCUACAGUUACACUACAACUACACUUUAUGGCAACAUGUAUGAGGCUACUUGAGCUACCUGAGGCUACCUGAGGCUUUCUGAACAUUAUCUAAUGGAACGGCUUCCAAUUCAUUGUCCCCUGAGCCCAGUGUUACUGAUUUACUGCAAACUUGAGCUUGAUCACACGGUUACACAGCAAGAUCAGGGAAUAGAUUUUUGUUGUAUAUGUUUGGACCUAUAAGAAUUAAAGUGCAGACAAAUCUCACCCUAAGUCUUUUUUAAAUCUAAAAUGUUAAAUGUAUAAACCUUUAGGUAUUUUGCACCGACGUUCAUUUUUUGUGUUUCUUUAACUUCAAAUAAGUUUAUUAGUCAACUGUAAGGUUUGGUUGAGGAGUGGUAAUGGUAUGGGGCUGUACUUUACGGGUAAGACUCAGCCCUUGACUUAAAGUGUAGGGAAAUGUUAAUUACUUUAGCAUACCAAAUCAUUUUGGACAAUGCUAUGCUUCUAAUAUUGUGGGAAUAGUUUGGAGACAGCCAUUUAUUAAUCCAGCAUGACCAUGCCACAGUGCACAAACUGAGGUUCAUAAAGACAUGGUUGGAUGAUUUUGGUGUGGAAGAACUGAACUGGCCUGCACAGAGCUCUAAUCUCGACUUCACGGAACACCUUUGAGAUUAAGGUGAAUGUUAAAAGUUGAUUAUUCUAAAUGGACUGUAUGAGUCUCCGUGUCAUUAAAAACGUCUUCAGGAA